CGGCCCGUGGCGGCGGCGGCGGCGGGGGCGGCGGGGGCGGCGGGGGCGGCGGUGGCCAGCGCGGGGGCCGGCGCGCCGCCCAGGGAGUGCGCCGGCUGCGGGAAGCGCAUCACCGAGCGCUACCUGCUCAAGGCGCUGGACCUGUUCUGGCACGAGGACUGCCUCAAGUGCGGCUGCUGCGACUGCAGGCUCGGCGAGGUGGGCUCCACGCUCUACACCAAGGCCAACCUCAUCCUCUGCAAGAGGGACUACCUGAGGCUCUUUGGCACGACGGGGUCGUGCGCUGCCUGCAACAAGGUGAUUCCAGCCUUUGAGAUGGUGAUGCGUGCCCGCAGCAAUGUCUACCACCUGGAGUGCUUUGCCUGCCAGCAGUGCAACCACAGGUUUUGUGUCGGAGACCGUUUCUACCUGUGUGAUAACAAGAUCCUGUGUGAGUACGACUACGAGGAACGCCUCGUGUUUGCAAACAUGGUGUACAACCCCAGCAGUCUGGCGCACAUACGAAGGCAAGUCAGUAAUUUGCAGCCAGCAGGAGACAAUUUAACCAUCAACUACGAGAACCAUGUUGUACACCUCCAUCAUGCACAACCAACAGGACAGCCACACUCGUACAGUGAUAAAGUGUCCAUCCCCAAUACCAACCAACAUGGUCGUGAUGAUGGCUCUAGUGGUUAUGGCAGCCCAGACUCUGAAACAUUUGACACCCAGUGCAACUGAUUUGGACCUAUUUGUUCAGCUACAUCAAGGUAGUAGCAGUCUAUGUGACUGAUUGUAAACAAACACUGAAAGACUGCUUAUUUAAUUUUUUGAAGGAAAAAGCAGAAUAUGGAAGUGAAUGCCCAAAGUGCAGUGAAAUGCCAUAUAAGUAACAGUUUAUAACAGAGGAAUGACUUUUGUAUACUGUGGACUCAAACUGUUGCAACCAGUGAGUGACAAAGUGUGUGAUAUUAUCAGAUGUGAAAUGUAUUUAGCUUUUCUUAGAAUUACAAAAUUUACCAAUAUAUAAACUCGAGAAGAAUCUGAAAAGAUUUCAAGCCUCACCUUGUUAUACUCAAACAUUUUCCUGUAAAAUAAGUUACUAGAAAGAAAUCAUUUGCAAAAUAUAAUUGUAAAUGACAAAAAUGCAAUAUACAUCAGAAACUGUAAUACAUAAAGCUAAAGAGACUGUAAAGAUAUUUUUACACAUAGUUUGUGAAUCUGUGCUAGUCGAUUCGCCAAAUAUGAAACUUUGUUUCACGUAUCCUUAUUAAUGAAGUAUACGAAAUUAAGAAAGAAUAUAAUGGAGAUCAGUAUCCUCAUGUAUACCAUGUAGCGGCCAGUGACAAAAUAAUGAAAAAUUUACUCAGACAUGUACAGUAUAAUUCAGAGACAUAAUAAAAAUAUUUCAAUCAA